AUGUCGACAGCUUCGCAUCUGUACCUUGUCGCCGACAAUCAUGUCAUCUACGAACAGGACAUUCUGCGCAAUCCCGCAAACAUCCGCGCCUGGCUCGACUAUGCCUCUUUCAAGCGCCAGACGGGUUCGCUGCUCGACCAGGCCUUUGUGCUGGAACGCGCCUGCAAUGCCCUCCCGCGCAGCUACAAGCUGUGGAAAUUGUACCUCGAGCUGCGCCUGAGCCAUCUGCGCAACCGAAAUCCCGCCCGCUAUGCCACCGAAUACCAGAAGGUCAAUGCCUUGUUCGAAAGAGCCCUCGUCCUCCUCAACAAGAUGCCGCGCAUCUGGGAAAUGUACCUGUCCUUCCUCUGCAAGCAGCCCAGGAUCACCCAGACCCGUCGCACCUUCGAUCGCGCCCUGCGAGCCCUACCUAUCACUCAACACAAUCGUAUAUGGGCUCUUUACCGUCCCUUCGCCACCUCUGCCUCGGGAGAGACUGCCAUCAAGGUCUGGCGCCGCUACAUGCAAAUCCACCCCGAGCAUGCCGAAGACUUCAUCGACAUUCUUGUCGAUCAGAAACAAUACACCGACGCCGUCGUCAAGUACAUGGACAUCCUCAACAAUCCACGCUUCCGCAGUAAAGAAGCCAAAGGCCCCUUCCAGUUCUGGACCGACAUGUUGGAGCUUAUCAUCGACCACGCCCGCCAGGUUCAGACAGGUGAAGAUACGGGCAUCGAUGUGGACCGCAUAGUCAGGAGUGGUAUACAACGCUUUCCGGAUCAGAGAGGUAUUCUGUGGGUAGGCCUCGCUCGAUACUGGAUCAACAAGGGCGAUUAUGAGCGCGCAAGAGAUGUUUUUGAAGAAGGCAUCACUACCGUCAUGACAGUCCGAGAUUUCUCGAUUGUCUUUGAUACGUACGCAGAGGCAGAGGAAGCUUUGAUUGGCAUCAAGAUGGACGAGGCCCAGGCUCGCUCCGAAAAAAGCACUCCUGAUGAGAACGCCGAUCUCGAACUCGACAUCCGCAUGAUGCGCUUUGAACAACUCAUGGAUCGUCGACCGUUCCUCCUGAACGACGUUUUGCUUCGACAGAACCCCAACAGCGUUACCGAGUGGGAGAAGAGGGUCGCGCUCUGGGGAGAUAACAAGGCCGAGGUUGUCAACGCGUAUACCAAUGCCAUUGCCGCAAUCCACCCCAAGAAAGCCCUUGGUAGAUACCACACCCUAUGGACGAACUACGCAAAAUUCUAUGAGGAGCGUGGCGAUCUACGUAACGCCAGGGUCAUCAUGGAAAAGGCUGUCAAAGUACCUUUUAGGUCGGUCAACGAACUCGCCGAGAUGUGGGUUGAAUGGGCGGAAAUGGAGCUACGCAACGAGAAUUUCGAUCGCGCUGUCGAUAUUAUGGCGAAGGCUACCCAAGCACCCAAACGAAGCAUGGUCGACUAUUUUGACGAAACCCUCAGCCCCCAACAACGAGUACAUAAAAGCUGGAAAUUGUGGUCAUUCUAUGUCGAUCUUGUCGAGUCUGUCAGCACCUUGGAUGAGACUCGCAAGGUCUAUGAGCGCAUCUUCGAAUUGCGCAUCGCUACUCCUCAGACUGUAGUCAAUUAUGCCAACCUGCUGGAAGAAAACAAAUACUUCGAAGAAUCAUUCAAGGUAUACGAACGUGGAUUGGAUCUCUUCUCAUACCCGGUGGCGUUCGAACUCUGGAACCUCUACCUUCAAAAAGCAGUCGACCGAAAAAUCAGCAUCGAAAGAUUACGGGACCUUUUCGAGCAGGCCGUUGAAGGAUGUCCUCCAAAAUUCGCCAAGGUGCUAUACCUUAUGUAUGGUCAGCUCGAGGAAGAACGUGGAUUGGCUCGACACGCUAUGCGUAUCUACGAGCGAGCGACACGUGCUGUUUCAGACGAGGACCGCUUGGAUAUGUUCAACUUCUACAUUACCAAAUCGGCGUCGAACUUUGGCCUCACCUCGACUCGUUCAAUAUACGAGCGAGCCAUUGCUGCACUGCCAGACAGUGAAGCAAAGGACAUGUGUCUGAAGUUUGCUGAGAUGGAGAGGCGCUUGGGAGAGAUUGACCGUGCCAGAGCAAUAUAUGGACAUGCCAGUCAGUUUUGUGAUCCAAGAAGGGAGCCUGGAUUCUGGCAGAAGUGGGAAAGCUUCGAGGUGCAGCAUGGAAAUGAGGACACUUUCAAGGAUAUGCUUCGCAUCAAGCGUAGCGUCCAAGCACAGUACAAUACCGACGUCAGCUUCAUUGCUUCUCAGGCCAUCGCACGUAGUCAACAAGCUCCGACCGAAGAUGGAGAGGUUGAGGACAUCAGACAGAAAACAGACGCCAUGGCGGCCUUGGAGCGCCAGGCUCGCGCACCCACUGGAUUCGUUGCAGCUAGCACUGGAGUGGAGGGCGGCAACAGAGCGGCGGCAGAUGUCGCGCAAACAGCAGCCAACCCGGAUGCCAUCGACGUUGACGAUGACAUAUGA